UGCCCGCCCAACCGACCAAGGACCGAAGCCGAUUGGCGGAAGGCGGGGGAAGGGACGAGGGGGCGAGGCGGUGAUUGGAGGAGAGGCACUGUCAAUCGGGCCGGCAGCAGGUUCGGGUGCGACGCUGGUGUGAGGCCGAAGAAGCUUCUGGAGAGAGAACUCAAGAUGCUCGGGCGGCAAGUGCUGGUGCUGAGUCAGAACGUGAAGCGGGAAUCGGGCCGCAAAGUGCAGCAGGGAAACAUCAACGCGGCCAAGACAAUCGCUGAUGUUAUUCGAACAUGCCUGGGACCAAGAGCGAUGAUGAAGAUGUUGCUGGAUCCCAUGGGUGGCAUUGUCAUGACAAACGACGGAAAUGCCAUUUUGCGAGAGAUCCAGGUGCAGCACCCGGCAGCCAAGUCCAUGGUUGAGAUCAGCCGCACCCAGGAUGAAGAAGUUGGAGAUGGGACCACCUCUGUCAUCAUCCUCGCUGGAGAGAUGCUGUCAGUCGCUGAGCAGUACCUCGAACAACAGAUGCACCCGUCUGUCAUCAUUGGUGCUUACCACCAGGCACUGGAGGACAUGAUUACCACCCUUAAGGAGAUCAGCACUCCUGUCGAUAUCAAUGACCGUGAAAUGAUGUUGAAAAUUAUCAAAAGCGCCAUCAACACCAAGGUGACCAACCUUCAGAUUGAUCUGGCCUGUAACAUCGCGCUUGACGCUGUGAAGACUGUGGAAAUGGAAGAAAAUGGCCGCAAGGAGAUUGACAUCAAGAAAUAUGCCAAGGUUGAGAAGAUUCCCGGUGGUUUCAUUCACGACUCCAAUGUGCUGCAGGGGGUGAUGGUGAACAAAGAUGUGACCCACCCGCGGAUGCGCAGGCAUAUCAAAAAUCCCCGUAUCAUGCUGCUGGACUGCUCUUUGGAGUACAAGAAAGGAGAGAGUCAGACUGAUAUUGAGAUCACUCGUGAGGAGGACUUCACCCGCAUCCUGCAGAUGGAGGAAGAAUACAUCCAGCAGAUCUGUGAGGACGUUAUCCGCUUCAAGCCUGACCUCCUGUUUACUGAGAAGGGUAUCUCAGACCUGGCCCUUCAUUACCUCAUGAAGGCAAAUAUCUCUGCCAUCCGUCGCAUCAGAAAGAGUGACAGCAACCGAAUUGCCAGGGCAUGUGGUGCUCGGGUUGUUAGCCGGACAGACGAGCUGCGUGAGGAGGAUAUUGGCACGGGUGCUGGCCUCUUUGAGAUCAAAAAGAUUGGCGAUGAGUAUUUUGCUUUUGUCACCGAAUGCAAAGAGCCAAAAGCUUGCACCAUUCUCCUCCGAGGAGCCAGCAAAGAGAUACUGGCGGAAGUGGAGCGUAACCUACAGGAUGCUAUGCAGGUGACUCGGAACAUCCUCCUCGAUCCACACUUGGUCCCUGGGGGCGGAGCAGUGGAAAUGGCCAUAGCACAUGCCCUAACUGAGAAAUCCAAGACCAUGACCGGAGUGGAGCAGUGGCCGUACCGUGCGUUGGCAAAUGCCCUCGAGGUCAUCCCCAGAACAUUAAUCCAGAACUGUGGAGCGAGCACCAUCCGCUUGCUGACCUCCCUUCGGGCGAAGCACACGCAGGAAGGCUGUCAGACCUGGGGAGUCAACGGAGAGACUGGAGCCUUGGUGGACAUGAAGGAGCUCGGGAUCUGGGAGCCUCUCACUGUGAAAUCACAAACUUUCAAAACAUCGGUCGAGACCGCCAUCUUGCUGCUGCGCAUCGAUGACAUUGUGUCUGGUCACAAGAGCAAGAAGGACAACAGUCACGGGGGUGAUGGGGAUGCUUCAUACAAUUAAACCACGAGAUGGGAUGGAACACAGGACAGCACCAUGAAGGACCAUGAUGCACAAGUCACCCUCAACACUGGACAGGACCCUCUCACGCACUCCGCAAAUAUUUAUUGUUUAAAGAAGGGAAAAGGCAGCAAAGUUCAACCCAGUCGUUUGGUGGGUGGGGAGGGGAGGCAAAUAAAAUUCCGGUUACCUGUUGUGGAUGUCUCCAUAGCUGACUGAGGGCCAAGAGUAACUUUCAUUUAAUUUCGAGUGUCAGCAUUCAAUAAAGAUUACUCCAGUGUU